AUGGGUUGUCGAAUCUGUCCAUGUCAGAAACCCAUUUAUACUAUUAAACCUGUGGAUAGAAAAACACCAUCACCUCACAUAAUUCCAGAACCUGAUCCCAAUCCUAUCAAUCAAGAAACACAAUCACCUCACAUAAUUCCAGAGCCUGUUGAUAAGGCUUCAGACUACAAUCCUAGGAAGACAGAACCUCAAAUUCAUCAGCCUCCAAAAGAUAUACUAGAGGAUAUUACCAAGGAGAAGCUUCCAUCAAGUGCUGAAAAAUUUAUUGACAUUGUCCCGGCUGAUCCAGAUGCAUUCAAUCAAAUUUUCAUCCAACAGCGCCAGGAAGCAGUGAAUAGAACUUCAUAUCGAUCUGCAAUAGAACGAUGGAGUCCAACUUCGCUCUCUCACCUUACAGAUAUUCUAAAAACAUUCUCCGGAGGAAAAUCUGUCAUCCAUCGACACUGGUUCAUUUUCUACUGGAUUGCAUCCAACAUUCACUAUGAUACUGUCUCCUAUUUCACUAAGAACUAUCAGGAUCAGACAGCCGAAGGAGUCUUUCGAACAAGAAGAGGUGUCUGUGCAGGCUAUGCCAACAUGUACAAAUAUUUGUGCGAUCAUCUACAAAUGCCAUGUGAGGUGGUGAGCGGGUAUUCGAAGGGAUAUGGAUUCGAUGAUCGAGAAGGUGCACCGAGUGAGGUUGACCAUGCAUGGAAUGUAGUCGAGAUCGACCAUCAUUGGUACUUGGUGGAGUCGACAUGGGGUGCAGGUCACGUGAAUGAUAAGAAAGAGUUCGAGCAGAGACUUGAAGCUUAUUAUUUCCUUGCUCGUCCGAACGAGAUGAUUUACCAUCAUCUUCCUAGAAAAGAAGAAGAAAGGUGGCAACUGCUGGAAACACCGAUUAGUAUGGCGCAGUAUAUGUCUAUGCCAAAACUACGUCCGUUGUAUUUUGAAUAUAAGCUAGAAAUGUAUCAGCCUCGUAACAAAGGUGUUGUUUAUCUUGAACCCAAUCAACCAUACGCAUUGGUGAUAUUGAAGACGCCAUCGAAUGUUGUGCUAAACGCCAAUCUAAAACGACAUGAUGAAAUAGUUGAAGGCGGCGAGUCGACUAUUUUCGACAAGAGAAAACGUGUCUAUAAUUGUUAUUUUGCUCCUGCUAGCAUCGGUGAUCAUAAGAUAAGUAUAUUUGCUAAGCUGGGUGAUACUGAUAUUGGUUCGUAUGAUCCUGUUCUCGAUUUAACACUCGAAGUCAAAGAGAUGAUGGUGAGUCCUAUAAGUUAUCCACGAACAUGGAAACUUUUUCAUGACCUUGGAAUGAAGCUUGUGUCGCCGAUGGGAACACAUUUAAUCAAUAUGAACAGCGGCGAAAAAUUUACUCAAAUAGCAAUACGUACACCAUCUGAUGUUGAGUUAAUGGGCGAACUUGCUGAUUCUGAUGGUCAGUCAGUGAUGUGUGGCAACCGAGUUUAUUACGAUCGACAAAAGGAUUAUUGGAGAUGCAGAUUCGCUCCAAAUAAGAGUGGUAUAUUCAGUGCGUCGAUCUUUGCAAGGAAAACAAGCGAUCCUGGCAAUUUUCAAUCGGCUAUAUUAUUUAAAAUCUGCGCUAAUCAAAUUUCAUUACCACCUUUCUCAUUUCCAAAGACUUGGCAACUAUUCUACGAUUUUAACCUAAAGAUUCUUUCUCCUGUUAGUCGAGGUAUUAUUGUCGUCACUAAUGAUAAACCAACUGUUGAAGUUCGUAUGCAAGGUCCUGCUGACGUUUGUCUCGAUGGCCAACUUGAAAAUGAUAGAAAAGAAGCAAUUUUACGUGGUCAUACAAUUCACUAUGAUAGCGAAAGUGAUGUUUGGCGUUGCACAUUUGUACCGAACCGAAGUGGCAUGUUCGAAGGAUUCAUUUUUGCAAAGAAAAGGUCUGAUUCCGGCGACUUUUCUGCUGUAGCGUCGUAUAUAAUAGAUGCACGACAAUUGUCUUCUGCUGGUAAUCCUCUUGACACAAAACAAAUCUUUUAUGAUUUCAAGUUUGAAGUGAUUUAUCCAGAAGGUGGUAGUAAAAUUGUUCUACCUGACAAUAGAUCAUUCGUGGAAGUACGUUUGAAGACGCCAUCCGAUGUCGUCCUGAUGGGUUCGUUGACAAAUGACCAAAACCAGAAGAUCUUUGGCGGUCACGAGGUUUAUUAUGAUCGACGACACGAUAUCUGGUAUUGCCGAUUCGCACCCAAUGAAAAUGGCCUCUUUCAUGCUACUAUAUUAGCAAAGAAAACAUCGGAUGAUAGUUUGUUCUACGAAGCCGUGGCGUAUCACAUUGAAGCUAAUUAUAUUACUGCGCCUGCAUUGUCAUUUCCACAAACAUGGCAAGAAUUCUACGACUUCGAUUUAAAAAUCAAGUCACCACGCUCUCGCGCUACGGCAAUAUGGUCGGACGAUAUUCCCUAUAGUGAAGUACUUAUACGAGCCCCAGACGAUGUUCAACUGUCCUGCUCGAUUCAGUACAAACAUCAAACGGUAGAAAAUGGUACAUUAGUGCAAUAUGAUUAUGAAAGAAAUGCUUGGCAACUUCUGUUUGCACCUGAGCAUACCGGUGAGCAUGAGUUAAUGAUCUAUGCACGGAAUGUCAAUAGUGGCGAUAAAAAAUCGAAGUCAGUUGUUAUGUUUCCCCUUCAUGUAACUCAUCUUCGGCAACGGAUAAAAUUUCCUACGAUUUAUCCCGAAUUUCUGACGUAUAAAUGUCAUAUUUAUUCACCAUUGAACGGUCAAUUGAUACGAGGUUCGGUAGUGGACUUUCAUUGUUAUUUACCUGAAGCAAUAUUAGCUACAAUGACGAAUAAUUCUCGUAUGCUUCGAGAGGAAAGCGUUGUUAAUUCCAACUUUCAACGAACGUUAACUGUUGGCUCGGACGAAGUGACAAUCUGUGCGAAAUACGGUCGAAAUCCUCACUAUAAUGUUUUAAUAAAAUAUAUUGUCGAAUAA